GCCUGACUCAGAAUUAACUACACACUCAAGAAGUUGUGCUAAAAGUUGCUCCGAACAGAGAAAGGUGUGUGUAAACCUUUGAGAGCAAAGGUUGUCGAGUGAGGAGACCCUCGCCCGUUCCUGAGCCUCCCCUUGCUUGAAGCGGGGGAGCUGAGGAACCAAUGGGGAGCCUCUCCGAGGGUGGGCGGCCCGAGAGACCCGCGGCCUCGGCUUUGCUCUUGCCAGCCAUCGAUCGUCGCUGCUUCCCUGGUGGCCGAAGGCGAAGAGCCCUCAUAGUCCUCGCCAUCCUCCUCGCCUUGCCACGCUUUCCUGCUUCCGGCUGCCCAGAUGUUUGCAGCUGCUCCUUGGGGAAAGUAAACUGUGUGGACCGUGGGCUGCGUUUUGUACCUCUCCAGUUGCCCACAAACGCCACCGCCCUCUCGCUGGACCACAACCAGAUUGUCAGCCUCCCGAACGGCACCUUUACAGCCCAGAAAGUCUUGCUCCGCCUGAGCCUUCGCAGCAACGUCCUGGGCAGCGUUCACCGCCUGGCCCUGGUGGGCCUCUGUGAGCUGCAGGACCUGGACCUGAGCGACAACUCCCUCAGCCUCCUGCACCCCGAGACCUUCCUCCCUGUGCCAAGACUGAGGACGCUCAAACUGGGGAACAACCAGCUCCUGAGGCUGGAGCCAGAGCUCCCCGGGGCCCUCCCCCAUCUCAGGGCCCUCUUUGUCCACAGCAACGCGCUGGCCUCCCUCCCGGCUGGCUUCUUGGAAAGCCUGCCCUUCUUGUCUUACCUGACCCUCGAAGACAACCCCUGGACCUGCUCCUGCGGCAUCCGCCCCCUCUUCCUGUGGCUGCUGAAGAACAGGGACAAAGUUCCAGAGGCGAAUUCAGUGACUUGCAAACACCAAGCGUCCCUCGCCCAGUAUCCCAUCGCGGCCCUUGGAAAUGAAUCCUUUGCACGAUGUCAGGCGCCCCGGAUGCAUCUCCCCGGCUAUGCGUUCUUCUUCCUGAUCGGCCCAUCUACUUUCCUGGCCAGCAUUUGUGUCGGCAUCCUACUGGGCUCGCUGGCAGUGGCCCGCCUGAAACUGAGGACGACAGGCUCGUGCAUUUGACCAAGGGCUCUGGUGAGGGGCUCAGGGACCACCCUGCAGUAAGCAGGUUUCCCUCCCAAACAAGCAUCCUUCGGCACUCUUUCCCCGUGUCUCUGCCAGCAGAACUGCAGCAUAAUAGCUCUAGAAAUCGUUUCUGUAUCAAGUGUUUUGUGCAUAAAAUCCCAAAUCCUCUCUCA